AGGGAGAGGAGGAAGGGUUAUUGUAACCACGAGUGUUGGGUGUAGUGUUGUUGUCAAAGUGUUGUGGGGAGUGUUGUGUGUGUGUGUGGUGGGCCUCGGCAACACCCUAGUCCAGCCUCAGCAACACCCUAGCCCAGCUUCAGCAACACCCCUAGCCCAGCCUCAGCAACACCCUAGCUCCACCUCGGCAACACCCUAGCCCAGCCUCAGCAAUACCCUAGCCCAGCCUCAGCAACACCCUAGCUCCGCCUCGGCAACACCCUAGCCCAGCCUCGGCAACACCCUAGCCCAGCCUCAGCAACACCCUAGCCCCGCCUCAGCAACACCCUAGCCUCGCCUCAGCAACACCCUAGCCAAGCCUCGGCAACACCCUAGCCUCGCCUCAGCAACACCCUAGCCAAGCCUCGGCAACACCCUAGCCCUGCCUCAGCAACACCUUACACCCUGGCCCUCCCCACUCACUCACACUAUUGAUGAGAACUUGUGCUCUCGUGGUUCCGUGUACGGCAGGCAGCUUUCUGUUUCAUUUUCCUAAUGGCACUAAUUGGAGCAGUUGAAAUUGGUUAAAUUGGGGGUUGUCAGCGGUAGUGGAUGUCACUACGGCUGUUGCACAUGCCAAUUUAACUGUGUUCAUUGAUUCACUAGUGUCAUUUAUUUCAUUUGUCAGAAUUAUUGCUGCAAUUUGAAUUAGCAUUAAACGCAUGUAAAAUAUUUCGGUUCUUUACCUGAAAUGAAAUGCACUUGUAUUAUCUUAUUUGUUACUGUUUUAAUAUACGUAUAGUCAUUGUGUGUAAAUUAUUUCUUCUUUUGUGUAGCAAUUUAGGCUAGAUAGUUUUGUUUUGUUUUAAUAUUAACUAUUUACAGAAUUUAGCUUUAAGAGCCAGUACGAGACUCUUAGACAUUAUUUAUAUACUGUACUGUAUUUGUAUGUAUAGAAAACAAAUAGCAUAGGAACUCGGUGUAAAGUUUUUCAUUAUCGAGCUGUCACUGAUUACUGGAUAUAGGCACUAAAAAAAAAAAUAUUGAUUGUACAGUGCACAAAAUGCUAUAAACUCUAUGAGUAUAAUCCAAAAAGUAUUGAUAUUGAAACAUUAAAGGAAUUUAAUAAAAACUAUAGAAUAAAUAUUAUAAAACUAAUUUUUCCAUGUUCAAUGCAUAUUAUAAUGCAUUGGAAUAUUUUUUUUUAUGUGAACAAUUCAAAUGUUAUUAGAUUAAUUUUCCCUGCUUUCAGGUAAAUAUUCAUACAGACUAUGAUCUUUAAACUGCAGGAUAACAUGAGGUAGACACCUCAAAAGGUGCAUUAUGAAUAAAAAAAAAUUUAAACACUCUUAUUGAAAUUGCCCUUUCUAAACACCAAAAUAAAGCAUCUCCAAAUCAAUUGGAAAAAUGCCACCAAUGAAUACAAAAACACCAUGCUACUUUGCAUAUUAAUGCCAGACAUUAUCAGUCAUUGGUUUCUAAGACAUGAGUCUCUGAACAUGGAGUGUCUUAUCAGGAGCCUCCAGAUGCAUGGCAGUGAGAACAGGGUUGGGGUGGGGAGGGGUUGUGGGGAGGUCUUCUAACGGUAUUAAAAUGUCACUAAAAUAUGCUGACACACACCCGUGCUACCAUUUCCAAUAAUGGCAGAUAUUAACAGUGUGGGUUUCCAAGAAAUAAGCCACCAAACAUUGAGGUUCCUGGUGCUAGUGUCCAACACCCUCGGAUGCUAGUCUCCGGACACUUACAGGGCUGAACGUCUGGUAACCAGGUACAAUGGCAUCUGUUAGUCCAGAAGAAACAGUGGAAAAUGCUGCCAUGCCAAGGGAGCUGGCUGCUGAGAGCAGACUAUACAUUGAAGUUGGAGGAGACUGCAUCCCAAUUAUUUAUCGAGAGGAAUAUAAUAUUCAUCUGCUUGGCAUGGAGAGACUUCAUCCAUUUGAUGCAUGCAAAUGGGGCAAUGUAAUCAAGCAUUUAAAGAAGAAGCAGCUGUUGAAAGGCUUAAACCUAGUUACCCCUAAUGAAGCUUCAGAAGCUGAUCUUCGGCUGGUUCACUCGGCAUCUUAUCUAAGAAGUCUCAAGUGGAGUAUCAAUGUGGCUAAAAUUACUGAGGUCGCUCCAGUUGCACUUCUACCCAAUUUGGUUCUGCAAAAGAGAGUACUGAAACCAUUCAGAUACCAAACUGGAGGCAGUGUUUUGGCUGGAAAACUGGCUAUUGAGCGAGGCUGGUCAAUCAAUGUUGGAGGUGGAUUUCACCACUGCUGGGGGAAUAAGGGUGGUGGAUUCUGUGCAUAUGCUGAUAUUACCCUCACUGUGCACUUCAUUCUCAACCACUAUCCCAACAUUGAGAGAGUUAUGAUUAUUGAUCUGGAUGCUCAUCAGGGCAAUGGACACGAGCGAGACUUCAUGGGACGGAAGGAUAUUUAUAUCCUUGAUAUAUAUAAUAAAUAUAUAUAUCCUAAUGACACAUUUGCAAAAAAAGCAAUUAGCCGCAAAGUGGAACUUUUUGCGUACACUGAAGAUGAGGAAUAUCUUGAAAGAGUUAACACACAUGUGGAGGGGGCCCUGAAUGAGUUCAAUCCUCAAGUGGUGAUAUAUAAUGCUGGAACUGACAUCAUGGCAGGUGACAGUUUAGGUCUUCUGUCCGUUUCCAAACAGGGUAUAAUUGAACGAGAUGAGAUAGUGUUUCAGAAGGUCCGACAGCGAAGCAUCCCAAUUGUCAUGUUAACCAGCGGAGGCUACCAGCGUGUAACAGCAGCUGUCAUUGCAGACUCAAUAGCCAACCUUACUAAAAAGUCACUAAUUGAUAUGUCAUCUCAUUAGCAAGUAAACUCCAGGUUGGACACUACUCUCAGUACACUUUACCAUUGGUAUGUAUGUAGAGUAGCUCUAAUUCACUUUUAUUUCUUGUGAAAUAAAAGUAUAGUAGAGUAUGUUGAUAAUUUUUUUAAUAAGUAAAAGUCUUAAUCCUUAACUUACUGAGAUCAUAAAUAACAGAUCGAGGGUGUCAUGGUAAAUUAGCUUUAUAAGUUAAAUGCUCAUAAUUAAGUUUUGCCUCUUGCUACAUAAUAUUCUUUGUGUGUGUGUAUUUUGUUUACAAAAAUACACCUCUGGUCAUUUGGGAGUGAGUGUACAGUAUAAAUAAUCAAGUUAAAAGUUGCUGAACAGAUUCAAGGAAGGAAUGGCCUCUCGCCUAUGUUUUUUUCACAUGUUUCUAUCAUUUUAUCAAUAUGCAAUGUGUAAUCAAAAUAUUAAAUAACAGCUCAAAAAAUCUCAGAGAUGAAAAUGACUGCAAAAAUGUGUUUCUUUCUCACACGGCACAAAUGGCAUGUAUCCUGUGACGUAUGGUGUUAGUAAUGGUUGUACCCGUCAUUCAAGACAAAACUGGUAGUUGCUGUUUUGUCAAAAUAUUUGUGUUGAGUUGCUCGGGUACAAAACUGUUGUUGGUGGGAUAAAGGCUGAAAUAUACAUGUUAUCAAGUGCUGCUCCUUAUAGUGAGUUGUUUAUAAUGUUUGCUACUGUUGAAACAGUGGUUGAAAUGAGCGUGUUUACUAAUGGAUGUGUUUAGGGCAAGCAUUGUUGCCGUGAUCCUGUUGUAUAUAAUACAAAUUAAAUCAGUGACUUAUAUGACUUCAAGCAGUAUAUUUCCUGCCCAUAUUAGUUGUUUUACUAAUGAGGUUAUUUGUUAAUACAGGGAACCUUGCUUAACGGAUGAGAGGCAUGCCUCAAAAAGGGUUCAGUGAUUAUAUAUUCAUUGGACAAAAGUCAUUUUAUCAUUAACUACUAUGGUUAAAGCUGAGAUAUGUUCCACACCUAAAAUUUUCCAAUAUUGAACAACUUUUUGUACACCAGAAACACAUAUUAUGAUACAUAAUAUGGUAAUAGAACAUCAGACAUAUGUUUAUUUAAAUUUAUAUAUAUGAACAAAGGAGUGGCAAGAACUAGAAUGUAAAUUGUAAUUCAGCUAAAUCCAACUGCUUGUCCUCCUUUCCACCAGAACCUAGGCACAUAGACAGCCCCAGAGGUGGCCGCAUAGUGAUCACAUUUUUAUCCCAGAUCCCAUGUGAAUUCAUAUUGUCAUUGCAUGAUAUACACAUGACAAUUAAGCCACAUCUCUCCUACAUUCCAAAGUCAGUUCAAGUUUUAUUGCAACUUUACAAGAAUGUAUCAUUUACAAAUUAAAUUUGCUUCAAAACACACUGUAACUGUAAAUAUUUCAAUGCAUAAAUAAAGUGCGCAUGUUGAGUUCCGUCAUUUGCAAUUUUUGGAGCGAGUAAAGCACUACCUACCCCACCUCCAGCUCCCUCCCAUCCCUGCAUCCUUCCACUCCACACACACCAUCCUCCCAACCCAGUUGGAGGAUCAAAGCCGCACGCAUGAUACAUUUUAAGUCGCAAGUAAUAUUUUUCUAAUAAACCGGCAAAUUACUGUACUUACGACACAUUAAAAAACAGGUUGUGAAGAGGACUGGCAUUAAUAUUGUAUUAAUACAAUUUUGUUAUUGGUUACUUUUUCAACACAGAUGGCUAGUGAUGUCUUGAUAUGUUUGCUAGCUUCAGCCAAGUCUUGUAUGUUAAGAGUUGCUUUAAGGUCUUGGAAACUUUAUCACAAGCAUCAUUCUUUUCCAUUGAAAUGUGUUUUGUUUUUAACCGAUUCCUAAUUUGUUAGAUCUUUACCAUGCGUCUUAUACUUGCACUACAUCAUUCUGAACCAUUUCAUUGAAUCCAUCAUUUCUGGCAAGUUUGACAAUCUUCUGAUGGAUAAUAUUAAGUGAAUCACAAAAACUAGUGAAGUCAUUCUUGCAUUCUAUCCACAGUGUAUCCCGGCAUAUAUGUAAUGUUGUCUGUGUCACUUCCUUCUAAACAGGAUUUGUGUUGUCAAUGACAAUAAUGAUUUACAUCUGCCUAAGCUGUAUAUUCUUAUCAGUUUAGUCUAAAAUGUUCUGCAUCAUUUGACACAUGUAAUAUGCCAUAAACAUUUUUAUAAAGCCUUAAUCCAUGGGCUGUAUCAGUGAUGGAAGAAUGAAAGAAAUUCCUACCCGAGAGGUGACAAAACUAAGAGUAUGUGAGGAUGCUCAGCAAGGACACUGAUAGUGUUCAAGAGCAGAUGAAAACUUGUAUGUUCAGUUAGGUAGCAGCAGCAGUAGUAUGUGUGGAAUAAACUAUAUUAACAAUUUAGCAUGUGGAUGGAUGUAAAGAAAGUAGGGAGCUAUUUGCGCUAGAGCUCAAUAAUGAUUUACAAGAAUGCAUUAAAUGUAACAAAAAGUGAUUAAUUUUGUAUGUUAUUACAGAAAAUAUUUUUUGUUAGGUUAAUUGGAUAAUUUUAAAGUAUUCGUAAUGUAAGCAUUCGUUAAGCAUGGUUUGCCUGUAUUGUACAUUAUAGCUCAUUGUGAAGUGUGAACAAAUCUAGAAGGACUUGUGUAGCUGUUGCUCAUAGGACUUUUCCCUGUAAAUAUUUGAGAAGUUCUUUUACGUGAUGCAUAAUGUUCUAUUUGAAGAAUCUCUAUUAUAAAUUAAUGAGAACAGGUUCAACAUGGGUGCUAAUUGAAUGCUCAUUUUAUUAUACUGUAUUUAAAAAAUAAGUAUCUUAUUGCGAUAAGCUUGAAAUAUACGAGAGUUUGCAUCAUAGAAGCUAUGGUUUAGCUUUCAUCUACCCAACUAACUGAUGUGAACUAGGGGGCUCCUUGUCUAAAGUAAAAUAAUGCAUAUUUCUAAAUAGAUUAUUAUGUAAUACUGAACACAACACUGUUUUGAUCUUGGUUGGGCAGGGUCAGUCCCUGGAAACACAAAACGAAACUGUCUCUAUUUUCCGCUUGUUGCAACUUGUAAUAAAGUUGUUACAUCUUCGCUUAACAUGUGUAUGACGUAUUAGAACGUUGUGACAACUUGCUAUAUUGGUUAUUAUAACUGGUUAGGAGGUGGUUAAAACUUGUUCGAACGUUGUACCAACGUCGUAGUUUCGGUGUGUGUUUGGCGGGGUGCACUCAAGUGCUUGUGAUCAAUCUAUCAACAAGGUACUGUAGUUCCAUUAAGCAUUUGGAUUACGGGAAAUACUCGAGAAGAUAUUUACUCUUAAGAAAUAUAUCAUCUAAAUCUUUUUAAGAAAAAUGCCAGAUGAUAAAGGUAAACUUCUUAACGAUUGUUUUUUGUUAGUUAUCCCUAAAAUGGAUACCUUUUGGGGAUACCAAAAGGUGUCCCUUUUGAAAAACUAAGCUGUUCCCAAAAGGAAUACCUUACAGUUUUGACUAGAUUAAUUUAUUCGUUCUCUAAAGUGAGAUUUUUGGAGAAUACCUUGGUGUAUAAGUGCUAUACUUUCAAAAGACAUUUAUGGUUGUGCAGGGAAUAUCCCAAUUAUUGGGCUGUGCAACUUCCUGGUUGCAGAAUUUAUAGCCGUUUUGAAAAGCGUGGGAGGUGACAUUGAAUUAUAUUUUGAAGAUGAUCAAGCAUAGCAUUUUCAUAUUUACACAUGCCCUCAUACCAAGAUCCAAUCACUAGACUUGAUUGCAACCAAUACCCUGGUAUGUUUAGCAUUAGAUGCAACCAUUUUGUUUGUUGCAAAUCAUUAAAUAUAUUCUAUACCUAUAUUUUAUAAUGUGCAUGUCUUUUGAGCCAUACCAUAUAUAAUACUAUACUGUGUUCAUUUUCAUUAUCGUGCCCUCGACACCAUAACUCUUCCACCUCCCACACAGCAGCAUGUCUAAACUCCAUAUGCUAAACACAAGUUUAAACUCCAUAUGCUCGUUAUAUUCCAUGUACAGUUAUGAAUAUUCCCUCGUAUCAUUAUACUAUACAAUGUAUUCAUUAUAUUCCUUUUGCUCAUUAAAACACUUUAUAGUCAUUAUAGCACCCCAUAAUCAUUAUAUCCCAAUACUCAUUAGACCAAUUCAUAUCCUUAGCUGAUCUGUGAAUAGCUCUUGUUUAGUUACGUCAAAACAUACCAAGUUAAAAUUGGGAUGAUCUGUCAUUACAUGUCCCAGUUCCAUUUUCAAUGCUUCCAAGAUGGUAUGCAUCCUUCAAAGAUGAAAUUCAACUAGUCUUUUUCUCUCUUCUGUCAUAGACAGCAUGUCUUUGGGCUUAUCUAGUGAUGCAUUCACAUUUUUCAUUAAAAUUUAGCUAGUCUUUGUCACAAAGUUGGAAAUUUAUUCUGAUUCAAAUUACAGCUUUUCAUUUUGUAUAAUACAUAUGAAAGAAUGAGGUAGAAAUUAUUUUAAUUUAAUUGGGAACGAAGUGAUAUUUGGUAGACAUUGAUGAAAAGCUUGCUUGACUGCGAAAGAACUUUCCUACGAGGAAUGAUUGAAGACUCGUGUAAAUAUGAAUCACCUUAUAUGCCUUGUGAGCAUGCCUAGUUUUGUACCUGAGAAUAUUUAAUUUUUGUAGUACAGUACAAAAAAAAUAGGAGUUUAAUAGCACCUUUAUUACAUAGCUUACUAUAUAUGUCUGUAGUUAUUCGAC